AUGCCCUCCGAGACUGAGCCUCUCUUGGGCAAUCAACACCCUCGCCAACCCUCGGUCGGGUUGCAGGGACUGUCGCGCUAUUUCCGCGAUGAGCUCGAUCCCCGGCGAGGGGACCUGCUGCUCCUCUUUUGCUAUAUCAUUACAGGUCUCCUUGACAGCUCGGCCGUGUUUAUCUGGGGCUCUUUCGUGAGCAUGCAGACCGGGAACACGGUGUACUUUGGUCUUGGUUUGGUCGGAACCGACGAUGACCGAUGGAUCAAAUCGGGAGUCUCGAUUGCAGGCUUUUGCCUGGGAUCUCUUUGUUUCGCAGCCUUCCAUCGGACUUUCUCUGCGCGGCAACGUUGGGUCCUUUGCACAUCCUUCCUGGCCCAAUUGGCUUGUAUCGCAGCCGCGGCCACCAUUGUGACACUCUCUAGCCCAUCUCGGGAUGCUCCAUUGAGCUGGCUAGUAUUGGUUCCCCUGGCGUUAGUCGCAUUCCAGAGCAGUGGCCAGGCGGUGGCCAGUCGCGUGCUCAAGUACAACGGCCUGACCAGUGUGGUUCUAACCAGUGUCUAUUGUGACUUGUUCUCUCACCCCGAUUUCCUGUCCCCCAAAGUCAUUGGAAAUGCCGAAGAGAUGCGUCGCACGGGAGCCGUGAUCUGUCUCUUAUGUGGAGUUAUCCUAGGAGGGCUGUGGGCCCACAGCUCAGUAGGCAUGAUGGGGGCGCUAUGGACUGCGGCAGCUUUGAAAACAGCAAUUGUGAUCGCAUGGCUGUUUUGGAAAAAGGAGGGACGUUUAGAAAGUUCAUGA